CCUAAUCUUCUCUCACACUAUUCUAAUCUAAAAAUAAAUAAACCUAAAGUCAUUUUGUGAUCUUCAUCACAAAUAUGGAAAGUGAUCAGUGUUCAAGACAAAUCAAAGCUUCUCUUCCCUUCCCAAAUAAGUGUCUUAACUCUCUUACUGGUUUCAGGUUUAGAAAUAGUGAAUUUUCAGGACAUCAUGCUAUUGAUCCUCUGAUGGAAAUGGAAUACAAUACUUUUGUUGAUUCAUCUUUUUAUAGCGUUAUUUCAGGAGAAUUAUGGAAUAAAGAAAAUGGGAAUAUUGAGAAUGAAAUAAGUAGUGAAUUUGUAUUGAUUGAAAAUGAGGGAAAGAAAAAAUUAUCCUUAUAUGAUAAUAAGAUUUAUGAAGAAGAGAUCAUAAUGGGUAAUGAUCAUCAAGAAAUUAUUUUAAUGGAAAAAGAAAAGGAUAAAUGUUUGGAAAUUAGGGAGGAGAUUAAUAAUAAUAGUUCAAGUAUGUUGUCACGAGAUGCAAUUUCAAAAUAUUUCUAUAUACCAAUUAUUCAAGCAUCAAAGGAACUUCAUAUUGGAUUGACACAUUUGAAGAAAAGAUGUAGGAAUUUGGGAAUUAGAAGAUGGCCUUGUAGGAAAUUGAUGAGUCUUCAAACAAUUAUCAACAAUGUUAAGGUAUAUGUAUCUACACAACUUAAUAAACUUGUUUCAAUUAUGAUACUGAUUAAUAAUAUACAUUUGAAGGAAUUGGAGAACGGAGUCGGAAAUGAAAUGAAAGAAAAGUUGAAGGAUAUGAUUAAUGUAUUAGAGAAAGAGAAGAAGAAGAUAGAAGAAAUACCCGACAUGGAAAUUGAGGAGAAAACGAAGCAAUUGAGACAAAUAUGUAAUAUGAAAAAUCACAAGAAGAGAAGACUAAUGUCGUCUAUGCCUCAUCAAUUACACCCUUUCUUUGAUACUUAUUGCACUACUAGUACUCCUCAUAAUGUUGAAGAAGAUGAUGAAGAGAUAAUGUCUCUUCUUGCUAACUAUUCCUAUUACGAUACUCUAACCUUGUAGCACUGAACUUAUCUUUUUUUGUAUGAAUUGAUUUUGCUUUGGAGGCACAUCACUAAAGUUAUUUUAGCGUGAGCUACUCCAACUUUAAGAUUAAUUUUAAUGUAAGCAUGUAUAAAUCACAUCUAUGUGAAUUAAAUGCAAUAUACUCUUUUCUGAAAUUUAUGUGAAA